CCUCUAUUAAAUUUUUUUUACAUUUAACAAAAUUAUGACACAAAGCUUUAAAUAAAUUAAUUAUAUACAAGAGAAUACUGGUCUGAAUAUAUAUAAACACAUUUCAGUUAUGGACUCGGGAUCAACUGCAACAACAAACAGUCAACAAAAUACAACUAAGAUUAAUCCACACUCGAGUAUACAACCACAACAACCAGCCACACAAUCCGUAGAAGCAAACGAACCUCAACAUGAUGUUAAAUUGCAAAAUGUUGUUGCCACUGUGUCUUUAGCUUGCGAAUUAAAUUUGCAAGAUAUUAACAAUCGUACCCGCAAUUCCGAAUAUACUCCUUCACGAUUUCAUGGUGUUGUUAUGCGCAUGCGUGAUCCCCGUUGUACAGCUUUAAUAUUUCGAACUGGUAAAAUUAUUUGUACAGGAGCUCGCAAUGAAGCCGAAGCUUCUCUGGGUACACGCAAAUUUGCACGCAUAAUACAAAAACUUGGCUAUCCUGUUAAAUUCACCGAUUUUCGUUUACAAAAUAUAGUGGCAACAGUGGAUUUACGUUUUCCCAUACGCUUGGAAAAUCUAAAUCAAGUGCAUGGUCAGUUUAGUUCAUAUGAGCCAGAGUUGUUUCCUGGUCUUAUAUAUCGUAUGGUUAAACCACGUAUGGUUAUGUUAAUAUUUGUCAAUGGUAAAAUUGUAUUUACUGGGGCCAAAGCCCGUAAAGAUAUUCUAGAAUGUUUGGAAUUAAUUUAUCCAAUAUUACUUAGUUUUCGUAAAAAUUAGUAAUUGUUAUUUAUAAUACACACUCGUAUGCAAAUACAUAUAAAACGUGAAAUAAGCAUUUUGACAUAAACAUAGGCAAACAUGUUUUUAUUUUUCAUAGAUAAGAUUAUAAAUUUAAAAAAUGCAAUUUAUUUUUUAAUAAUAAAAUAAUAGAAUACAGA